GACCUGCAGGUUAAAUUUAAAGUCUUAAACCAACUGAAAAAGAUCAUGCAAACUUGUUAUAGUUUUGCAGUGUCUAAAUCCAUUUCUUGUUUGGUUCAAUGAACUCUAUCUACGCACUGCAUUCCUGCUAACUGCUUCCCUUUCUCUAAUCUAAUCAUGAUUUCAUCUUCCUCAUGGAAGACUCUUGUCAAGACAUUUCCUUAACAGCUCUCUUAGUCUUUCAGAACACCAUCAACACAGAGUUGAUUAGGUGUUUGCAUGUGUACCGAUUGGAGGAUGGGAAGGAGAAGGAAGUUCAGAGAGAGUUCCUAUUCUCUGUUGAUAACCCAUAUAUUGAAAUAGCAGCAAACCCACUUCUCAUGUUGGGGAGAUUCAAAGUUAUGGAGCUUUUUGAAGGGCAAGUGAUUGGUUUGUGGCAGUGUAUGUUUGCAUUUCAUGCAGACCAUCCUCCUCAUUUGAGUCACAUUCCUUCUUUACUCUCAAUUUCUAGAAAUCCCAAGCUGAAAUCAAUCCCAACACUGGCCAAUGAUCUCCAAUUAAUUUUUAAGCUGAGCAGCAGAACAGCAGACGGAGAGUCAUUGCAAUUUUUAUCAAAGGGAAAAUGCGAAAGGGCAAGAGGUGAUUGCUGCCAAUCUAAGAAAAGUCUGCCUGUAUUGGAUCAGGAUCUCAACUGUCUUCCUUAUUCAAUUGCUACCCCUGAACUAUCAAAUGAUCAACAAACUGAACCAAGUGCACCAGAGGAAAGUUGCAGUUCUGUGGCAAAGAAGAAAAAGAGAGCAGCUACUGAAGACAUAGCUAGAAUUGCUUUAGAAGAUCUUGUCAAAUACUUUGGUCUUCCUAUUGCAGAAGCUUCAAGAAACCUGAAAGUUGGACUCACAGUGCUCAAGAAGAAGUGUAGGGAAUUUGGCAUCCCCCGAUGGCCGCAUAGGAAGAUCAAAUCCCUUGACAGUCUUAUCCAUAAUCUCCAGGAAGAGGCAGAACGGCAAAAGCAAGAGAAUGAGAAUGCUGCAAUGGCUGUGGCGAAGAGGCAAAAGAUGUUGGAGAAGGAAAAAGAAACUAUAGAGAGGAAACCCUUCAUUGAAAUACAAAGUGAGACCAAGAGAUUCAGGCAAGAUGUUUUCAAGAGAAGGCACCGAGCAAGAGCUCUUAGAAACCAAGGCAGCCCAUAAGUCACUCCCUGUGUCUCAGAGGGAUUGGGAUUACAUGAACAGAAUUAUAUAUUCAAAAAGUUCAAACUUUUCAAUACCAUAUGUACAGUUUUGCUUCUAAGGCUAACAGUUGCCUUUGAAAUCCCAUUUUAUGGAUUUCUGUUGCCAGACCAUCUGAGUCAGGCUUUUCUAGCUCACAGUUUUGUGGGUCAUCUCUGCUUGUUGAAUGAGACCCUGGACUGAAACUGGUCAAGUAUAUUCUCAAAGUUGGCCCAAACAGUUUGCAUAUGGAUUGUUAGAAAUGGUUGAAUUUUGCUACAUUUUAUAGAGAAUAUUAUAAGAUACUAUUAUAAUAAGUAUAUUCUAAGACUAACCUUUUCUUUUUC